AUGAAGUCAUUAAAGAAAACGAUCGCGUGGGGUGAUCCCGUCAGCGUUCCCAGCAUUGUUCCCGCUAAAUCUCCCGUUAUGGCCGUUGCCAUUGUUCACACUACCACCAUUAGCGGCAUUGCUGUUAUCGAUGUUGACAUUAUCUCCAUUGCUAAUGCUCUCAACAUUGCCGAGUACACCCCGUCCCGAAUUAGUUCCAGUGAAGCUCCCGCCGUUCGUGCCUCUAGUGUUCCUAAUGCCUCCAGGUAUAGUGCCACUGCCACCAACCCUGGAGGUUUUGCCUGGUCUGCGAGGGUGUCCGGCGUUGCUGCAGAAUCCUUGCUAGAUUGA